UUACCCUCGGAAUAAUAUCUAUUAGGUAUAGCCAGAUUUAUUGCUGCUAAUAUCGAAAUAUUAAUUUCGUUUUGUCUGGUCACACAGUUAUUGAAGUUGUCAAGACCGCCGACAAGUACGAAAAACGACGACGGGGCUUACGGCAGCAUCCGAAAUUUGUUCUGACAACUGGAUGAAAAUACGAUUACUAUUGUCUAUGCAAUAUUUUGCGUCGCAUAGGUUUCGUGAUUGUACGAAAGUGCUUUUCGAGAGCCAAUAUGACGGAGGCGACACCGCUAGAUCCCAUGCUUGUCAACCGAGUGUUGCGCUAUCUGCACACUGGUAAUGAAGCACCCAAGUACUUUCCUGGUUGUUGGUCUUCCCAUAAGUAUUUCGAAGCUGAUAAACUGCCUGCCCUCAAUGAAGUUCUCGCAAAUUCCCCCAAUAAUGUUGAAAUAGUCAACAUUAUUUUAAAAGCUGGCAAGGAUGGCUGGUACACCCGUUUUGAGACUAUUGCAUUUGCUUUGGCUAAGUGCCUAUUGUUGGGGUCGUCCCUUGUCAAGGAAGCUACUUACAAAGCUGCUGCUGAAAUAUGUAUCACUCCAGAGCAAAUGAUGCUCUUCCAUAAAUAUACAAGGCUAUUGAAAACAGGUAAUGGCAGAGGUUGGUGUAAGAAUGUAAAGGAGUGGUACAUGAGCAGAGACCCAAUGGAGCUUGCUAAAGAAGUGACCAGAGUUCGCGCACGUCAUGGACGCUCUCAUAAAACUCUCCUCAGAAAAUCCCAUUUCAAAUUACCAGAAAACGACUGUGCACGCGAUGCCGUGAUCAAGUACGCCAUAUUUGGUUUAAAACGUGCCAAACAGUUGCUGGGCGACAAACAAGAGGCAAAUGAAGUGUUUGCUUACAUACAGAAAGUUGAGGACAUGCGACACUGUGAAGACUCUGCAACAGCAGCUGUCAUUGCUUCACAGAAUAAUUUCACGCUUGACCAUGUUCCUGGUCAUUUGUUGACUUCACAAGAUGUAUGGAAUGCUGUAUUGCCACAAUUUUCCCUGUCUGAGCUGUUGUACCACAUUCAACGCAUCCACAAUAUGGGCUUCCUGACUAACGAUUCUACAACCACUGCUAUUCUGAUCUCCUUACUUAGCAACCAGGAGGUUAUCAAGAAGUCUAAAGUUACCGCGCUUGAAGUUUACAUAACAAUCUGCAAUUAUAAGAACAAGUCCAGGCCAUUGAAACAUGAAAAAGCAAAAGUGGCUGCUGAGAAGGAACAGCGACGCCGCACGCGUCAAGUUUUUGAUGUUAAAACUGGACAAUGGGAAUGGGCGUCAAGUCGGCGACAUCCCAAGGAGAUCAAGCAUUGGGGUAUUGAGCAACCACCGAAUCCAGCUAUUAUUCUGGCGCUCAACAAACUCAUUGAUGUAACAUGGGCUCUCACUCCGCCUACUAAGAAACGAUAUCUCAUCACUAUGGAUAUGCGGCACCAUAUGUUCAAAGGUCGCCACUUCUGCAAACACUAUGUGCCACCGAAGAAGGGAAAGAACUCCACCAACGCGACCGCGGGCGGUGGCGGAGGCGAUGCUGACGUCGAGAAAAAGAGCAAGAAACGUCUUACCGCCGAGUGCUUCUACAACAGACACGUCACGCCGGGACAUGCAGCUAUCAUUCUAGCGUUGCAACUGUUGAAGCGCGAGAAGGAAGUCAAGAUUGCGGUGUUCACCGAAGUCGGCAUAGAAAUUAUCUCCAUUGAACCCAACUUUACCGGGAUAACUGAAGCUGAAUUCAUUUUUAGAAAAAUGGAUCUAGGUCGCGUGCAACUGGACGCGCCGAUAGCGUGGGCGAACACCUACAAGCAGAAGUUCGACGUGUUCAUCAACAUGGUGGACCGCAGUACGCGCCUCAUGGAGCUGGAGCAGGGGGCGCGCGGCGGGCGCGGGCCUGGCGGUCGCUAUGGCCCGCCGCCUGCGACCGACAAGGAGCUGGCGGACCACUGUCCCGUGCGAGCGCUGCAGCGCUACAGGGACACCACUGGCAAUCACGAUGCCAAGCUCAUCGUACUGAACCUGGCGUCUCACCGCGUGGCCACGACCGACGGCACCCACGAGGGCGUCCUCGACAUCGUCGGAGUGGAUGAACACGUGCCCAAGCUGAUGGAUGCGUUUGUGCUCGGUCAGUUCAAGUGAAUUGGUACCCCGCAAACGUCGCUUCGCAGUCCUGUCAAUUCGCUGAUCAGUACCGGUCUACAUUUCGAUCGAACGAUCUUUUUUUACUCACAUUACCUCCAAAAGAUAUUGCAUGAGUGGUCAUACGUAACAUGUGUGUAUUUUACCUAAAUUUCCACAUCCAUCUGUGCGUUUAUAAUGCAAACCAUGUAAUAGCCAUUGGAUUAUCAGUUUAUUCUUUCCCAUUAAUCUUUCCCACACUCACGACGAAUAAACUCGAAUAUUUAUUGAACAUAUGAUUUGGUAUCUACUGGAGGUGAUCUGUGUUGUUUUACCUCAAUAUUUAAAUUAAUUGUUUAAAAAAAAUACCGCGAUGUGUUCCGAUAAUUCCGUUGUGUUCGUUGUAGGUGACUCGUUUCCAAAAUGAUACAUUAUAAAGCAAUGUUACAUUGUAUUUUACAUGUUGAUUCUUGAUUCAAAAUGUGACCAAAACUAUUUUCACGUGUAUUUUGGCCGUCUUGGGUGAUAAAGUAGGGAACAUAAUAUGUCAUUGACAAUUGUAACGUAAUUGUAGUGACCUAGAGAUCUUAAUGUAAUUUGCAUGUUAUUAUUUUAGCAUUAACUUCAUUUGUAAUCGCUUACGAAUAAUUAAAGGACUGUAUAUGUGUCCUUAUUAAUCUGACGAUGAAAUGAUUUUGGAUCUCUGCUUAUAUGUAAUUUUAAGAGCACGAUUUUAUUAUAAGUUAAUUUUGUAGUUCACGAAAGGCUUGUAUUACCGCUUGACGUUCCUAUGCCGGGUAUGUUGACAGUUAAAAUUAUACAAAGUAUACUCGGCACAGUUUGGCAACUUAAGAUUUUCGUUUUCAGAAACAUUAAAGGAUUAUUCAUCCAGCUUUUUUUAUAAAACAUGAUUGUGUUUGUUAUUUUUAGUUAACAUUAUCUAUGGCAUAUUAUAAUAAUGUAACGUCGCUUGUUGUUUUAGGAGAAGUAUUCUCUAACAUGUUACAUAUUAUCGUACGGAGUAUGUAUCUCUAGGUAUUGUUAAGCUUAGAUAUCGUAGCUUGAACCAUACGUAACAGGGUCUUUUUGGGUUAUUCAAAAAUUUGGCACCUGGCGCUCACUCGUUGCUAUGUGUUCAUUAAAUAAAAUACUUUGUGAUGGGAGUCAAAAUGUUGACGAUAGGUGAUAUUUCUUUUAUUUAGAAGCUAUAAAAGAACGUAUUUCACUCACCAACUGUCAGUUUUCUCCCCUACAAUAAUGUAACCGUUUGCACCGCCAGCACUUGAGUUGUUGUGUUUCAAAUUUUAUUUAUUAUUAAUGAUGAAUACGACGAAAAUGUUCGUUUGUGAGGUUGUGCAUUGUAAAACAUUUUUCCAAUUGCCAAAGUAAAUAGUGCAUUUGUAAUUUAAUUGAAAGUUCUGGCGUGCAAACGUUUCUCGUUUAGAAAAUAGUGAAAAAUAAAUAGCAUAUCUUUCUUAAUAAUUAGUGAAAAAUUUAAUGAAAACAGAUACAUGCUCAUGGAUGUAAUAGUUAUUAAUGGUGUUAGUGAAUCAUAAUCGUUUUUUAUAGUAGUUGUAUGUGACAGAACAUGAGAUGUCAGUCGCAGUUGAUAUCAAAACUAGUUGAUGCGCAUGAAUCUGCUUUCAUAUGUCGUAGUAUAGGUAAAUCCGUUUCAAAAUGUUGGUUACUUUUGUACUGAUAAAUGAACGGACUUUUCAGAAUCUGUGAUCACUUGGUACUCUCUCGGGUUUAAGUAUUUUUUAUAUCUGAAAAUAAAAAAUUCAAAAUGUAGACAAAAAAAACUCGAACUGCUAGCCACGCUUCUUAAUAAAUACUAUUUUGUUUUAUUAAUGGAUGUUGUAAUAGCUGAGAACACGGGGAUUAUUGUUUUGAAAGUAUUUUUUGCUGUUGAUAAGUAUUGUCAUGUUUGCGAGUCAUUUUGUCAGUAAUUUGAGUAAGUACUUAUUUUGAUAAUUCUCGAAAAAACUCGCUUAUCACCGCACUCAUAAAUAGCAUUCUGUGAUUAAAGAUGCCUUGGCAAUUUCAAACUAGUGAUAUUAUUGCUAAUGAGCUGGAUUUUCUUUCAAAACUAAAAUUUUGAUUGUUGAAGAAAACCGGCGCUUUUAGACAUAGAUUUAAAUUAACAUAGUAUUAUGCAAUGGUUACAAAACUUGCAUUCUGUUGUUAUUCAGUGAACUUUUUAUAUGUUUUUCGUUAUUUUAUUGAAAACUUAUUUCCUGUGAAAAAUAAGAGCUUGCUAGUGCAUUUGUUCAAAAACCAAAUCAAUCCGUCCCAUUUAAAAGUUAUCAUUGUGUUCCAUAUUCAGUGCUUAUAAUGUUAAGUUUAAUAAUAGACUUAUGUUUUUGUUUUAACUGAUUCACAGCAGCAUAUUAAAAUAGCACCACACUUAUGGACAAAUAACAAACAAUAACAUUUAAAAAAUGUACUUGCAUGUUUGUUUUCACGUUAAUAAACUCUUGAAUAUUCAAA